CCUGCUUUUCUGGCCGCACUGCACACCGCUCGUCUCUUUCAUUCGCACCAAAGUCUAUUUGCAUUGGACUUUGACUUUGGAUAGCCUACUACGGUAUUGGAUCUUUUUCGCAGAGCUUGCUGUGUGCUCGCGGCUCCUCGGAGACCAAAACGAAAAAAGGAUGGAAUGGGCGAUGGAAUGUGCUACAGCUUUGCAAUGAGACGUCUGUGGGUCUGUGUCUUGCUUGUGAGCAUCACCUGCCGUCCGAGCCUCUCCCAGGAUGUAACUGGAACUCCCAAAGAGGCAGAAUUAAAUGACAAUAUUACCAUCUUCACACGCAUCCUGGACGGACUGCUGGAUGGCUAUGACAACAGACUCCGCCCUGGACUGGGAGAGAAGGUGACAGAGAUCAAAACCAACAUCUUUGUCACAAGCUUUGGUCCAGUCUCUGACACUGAAAUGGAAUACACUAUUGACGUGUUCUUCCGUCAAAGCUGGAAAGAUGAAAGACUUUGCUUCAAAGGCCCAAUGGAGAUGCUUCCCCUGAAUAAUCUCCUGGCCAGUAACAUCUGGACUCCGGACACCUUCUUCCUCAACGGGAAGAAAUCCAUCGCACAUAAUAUGACCACACCUAACAAGCUACUGCGGCUGAAAGAUGAUGGGACUCUGCUCUACACCAUGAGACUGACCAUAUCAGCAGAAUGCCCCAUGCAACUGGAGGAUUUCCCGAUGGACGCCCAUGCUUGUCCCCUUAAAUUUGGAAGCUAUGCAUAUCCAGUCUCGGAGGUGGUGUACACAUGGACGCAGGGAGCAGCCAAGUCAGUGGUGGUGGCAGAGGAAGGCUCCCGGCUCAACCAGUACCAUCUGAUUGGUCAGACUGCAGGGACAGAGGACAUCUACACCAGUCGAGGUCAAUACACCGUGAUGAUGGCUCACUUUUACCUCAAGAGGAAGAUUGGCUACUUUGUCAUCCAGACCUACAUGCCUUGCUUCAUGACUGUAAUCCUAUCACAGGUUUCCUUUUGGCUCAACCGGGAGUCUGUGCCAGCGCGGACUGUCUUUGGUGUGACCACAGUGCUCACCAUGACCACUCUCAGCAUCAGCGCUCGAAACUCGCUGCCUAAAGUGGCUUACGCUACUGCCAUGGACUGGUUCAUAGCAGUGUGUUACGCCUUUGUCUUCUCCGCACUCAUUGAGUUUGCCACAGUUAACUACUUCACCAAGAGGAGCUGGGCCUGGGAUGGAAAAAAGGCAAUGGAGGCCCAACAGCCCAAGAAGAAAGACCCUUUGGCUCUGUCUAAAAAGCCCAACAACACCUGUUCGGCCGGUGUGAAUUAUACAACCAACCUUACGAAGGACACAUCCAUCUCUACCAUUUCAAAUAGCACGGCUGUUCAGCUCAAACCCUCUGAAACCAAGGCCCCAGACCCCAAAAAGACUUACAACAGUGUGAGCAAGAUUGACAAGAUGUCCAGAAUAGUGUUCCCGGUGCUGUUUGGGACCUUCAACCUGGUGUACUGGGCCACGUAUCUCAAUAGGGAAGCAGUGAUCAAAGGAGCAGUUUAAGCUCUGCGAUCAGGAUCAUUCAUCGUCCUGACAGCCACUUCAGGAUUUCAUAACUGGAACGCAAUACUAAUCAAUGCCAUUUAGUCCUUGUAUCAUAGAUGUGUGUGUUUUUUUUAGGUCAUUGGAUAACAUUGCAUGUCUGUCGCUUCAGGAAAACGUUUCCUUGAGGUUGUACAUGUACGAUAUAUGACUUUUCCUAACAGACAGUUUCUCAUUUUAAAUCUCCAGUCACUGAUUAGUUUCUGCCAAAUUCAGAUGUUUCACAAUGUUAGCAUUUGGCAUUCAUAUUUUCUCCUUGCGUCUACAGUAGAUGAUGGUACAGCAAGGCCAAAUGUUAUGCAAAACAAAAUUUUUACCGUGUCAUUACUCGAAAGCAGCUUUGACUUUUGUGACUCUUACUUUGUACAAAUGGGCUGGAGGUCCAGGUAUGCGAGGCUGGGCCCAUGGGACUUUGCUUCCUUGUUAAAAGCAGAUGAAUAGCCAUGCUAAAUGUGUUGCCUUCAGAGUGUGAUAGCUCAUUAUGAAUGCACUGAAAUCUCCUGUUACUUCUUCAGAAGCCAGAUUUAAAACUUUCAUUAAAUCAUGUUUGUUUUUUGCUGCUUUUCUCUCAGUUUUGAAUGGCCAGUUUUUUCAUAAAUGUAAUUUUCAAAUGGGGACAGAUUUCGAGCUAAAGUGAUACAGUGGCAGCUUCCGUUUCCAGGUCCCCAUGCUGAGAAUCCUGUAUGUGUACGUAUGGUCGUAGUUUAAGAAAGAUGUAUAUAUGCCCUGCUUUUAAAAAAAAAAAAAAGUACCACUUAAGGUUAGCUUCUAUGUUAUGCGUAUACAGCAACACAGUGUUACUCUAGUCUAGUGCUUCAUUGACUGGAUAUUGAGAAAUGAGCAGAAUAGCUUGAGCUUUAGCAAUGUUGACAGAAUAUACAAUGCUUUUUCAAAAGUUGUUUUUUAGAUCAGGUUGUCGUUUCUAUAAGCUUUGAUGAUAACUCGAAAAUAUUCUUGAUCAAUAUUUGGAUGCUUUGAGCAGGAUCCCUUUUUUUCAUAAUUUAGAGUAACCGCUGUAGUUAGGAGACUGACUUGAGUCGAUCAGGUUGUCAGGCUAAUCAAAGAGACAGAAAGUCACAAUGACCAGAUUAUUCCAUUUUGACCAAUAUCGUUUUUAAAUCACAAUGUUAUUUUUUAGUUGUCAUUAAAUGAGUGUUAAAUUAAAGGAAUAAUUUGACAUAUUGGGAAAUUUGCUUUCUUGCCAAGAGUCAGAUGAAAAGAUUGCUACCACUCUCAUAUGUCUAUACAGCAAAUAUGAAGCUACUGCCAGAAACAGAUUAGCUUAGCACAAAGACUGAACACAGACAAUUCACUUAGAAUUCUUUUUCUCUUAUUACUUCUUUGUCGAGAUUUAAAUUAUUCUGUACACUCAAUAUGAAGCUACAGCCAGACACCAGUUAGCUUAGCAUAAAAACAAACAGAAAUGUGCCUACCAACCUCGUAAACACGUUGCAUCUCGUUUGUUUAAUAUAUAAAAAGACACCAGCUAUGUGUAAGUUAAAACCUAGCUUUAGUUUGAAUGUAGUGAAGGAGUUAAGCUAUAACAUUGUAAAACGUACGAGUAGGGCUGGGUUUCAUUAAAAAGAUUCCGAUACAGGUAACGAUGCCAAUACCGAGACUUCGCUACCGGUUCCUAAACGAUUCAAUAC